AUGCCGCUGACUACACGUCGAGCUUGGGAAACCGACACUGAACUUGGUCAAUUGCUUGAUGAUGAAGAUUUCUACGACCGGUGUCCCGUCCUCGUGCACAUACAAGAGGCGGCAACUUUUGCGGCCGUUCAGACCCAUACACCCGUCGGAAAUCUAUGCAGGACGGAGAGCCUCGAAAUUCCGACUACGGCGAGCGAAUCUGACAUUGAGACGCCACCUCCCGGAUCUGGUUACAAUGGUGGGAUUGUGGGAUUACUGGGCGCUAGUCUCCAGUACGAGAAGAAGCGGAUCAAGUUGCCACCUUCUUUUCUCUUUGGUCGUCAGACGAAGAUGAAUGAUGUUGUUCUCGGUCCGCUCUUCUCCCAAGUGAGCCGGCAUCAUUUUGCUCUUGGGCUCUGCAAGGGCCAAUGGGCUGUCUUGAAUCUCUCCCCUAACGGAACAUGGGUAAACCAGUACUUCCUAUGUGGAGAGGAGAAUCUGUGCGCACUGCACCCCGAUCAGGGUAAUGAGAUACGAUUUGGAGGUCUGCGACUCACGAUUUACUGUCGUCAUCCAAGCAUGGCCAAGGCUUUCGAUCUUUGGCCCGCACGUUCUCUGAAUGCACCAGGUUCGGAUGGGGGAACGCCUGCGACCAGUAUCGUCAGCUCUCCCAGGUCAUUUGGUGUGGACUUUGACCCGCAAAUUCCGCGAAUAUACUACCUGAAGAACAGGAGCAUCUCUUAUCAUACGACUUCGAAAGUAGCCGCCGAAAGAUUCCUCGCCCUAGACGCGAAAAGCUGUGAUUUUUACAUUGCCAAGCUUGUCGAAUCUUCGGAUGUACAGAAAGUCAAAAGAAAGGUUGAGCUUCUACAGCCAUUGACUAAGAUCCAAUCCAGCAAAUUUCUGCACGGUCACACUAUAGUUGCAGAUGCAGACCGAGCAUAUCUCCUAUCCCACUUCAGAGACGACAUACAGGAAGUAGGAAAGGUUUCAGAGCUAGUGCACGAUGUGAUGACCAAGCAACAAUGCCAAGCAGUGGCGCGGCAACUCCUCCAGAACUUACUCAGGGCUGUCUCAUCUCUACACAGCUUCAACAUUUCACAUGGAGACCUCGGGAUGCACUCUGUCUUUUCCACCUCGGUGUACGACUGCGACCAGCUGUACAUCUCUGGCUUCUCUGAAGCAUCCGUGCUUACGGAGGAACGAGCAAAGAAAGACUGCCUCGCCAUUUUCAAAGUCGUCAGGAGUUUCCUCCGCGAGGAACCCGACAUUGCCUGGCUGUCCAAUAAACACUUGGAUCCACUAUGGAGGAUACUGUUGAGGAACGAAAGGGCGUGGUCCUCGACAGCCAUUGGCCUGUGCGAGCAGAUGAACUUUACACACGAGAAUGGCGGUGAGAUGUGGACGCUGAUGACUGUAUCUCGGCACGUCAACAUCCGCUAUAAGACUGAGAAUAAUGAGAUAUGGCUCAAGGCCGACGACAUCAAAGAAUUUGUAUCAUUGGAAACUAUGAAGAAGACACUGGCGAACCCAGCCGCGGCUCAGCAGGAUGUCGAUAAGGCUGUUUCAGCUUUGAAUCACUAUGUUCGAGAUGAUUACAUCUCGCGACGCGACUACGACAGCUUUUCAUUACACAUGGCACGGCACCACGCGAAGUUUCUUGGAGUCGAGCAUCUUUUCCAGCCCGGAAUCGCCGGCAGCAGCAGUCAAUCACCGCCGAUACUAGUGGCCAGUGUCAGCAUCAAGCUUCCAUACCAUGUCCGGUACGGGUUCAUCAGUCUCUCAGGCCUCAUGAAGAUCGCCUCGAUAUUUUCUCUCGACACUAUCCCGGGAGCGAUCGUGGAUCUUCUUAGAAAGUGUUACGAAAUUCGAGGUCACUGCGCAGGGACUUACGUUCCUGUUGAGGAGCUAGAGGAGCUUUCCGGUUUGCUUGGACUCGAAUAUCCUGACGGAGUCAUACUCGAUCAAUAUGACAGGUCGCUCGAACAUUACACACACUCAGAAGGCUGGUUCCUACUAUCACCUCAUGAGUCGUCCGAACUUGUUCCGGUCACGAGGGAAACUCGUUUAGUCUCAGCGGAAAAGAAGUCGAGCAAGACGGGCAGACAUGAUCAGAACUGA